AUGGCUGACCUGACGCAAGGCGCUGUGGGCUCGCUGCUGGGCGUGCUCGCGACGGCCGUCAAGAACGAGGCGGAUCUUCAGAAAGGCGUGGAGCGCGACAUGCAGUUCAUCAAAGAUGAGAUGGACAGCAUGAACGGCUUCCUCCUCCACCUGACGAAGUCGGGGAACGAGCACGACGACCAGCAGCGCGCGUGGAUGAAGCAGGUCCGCGACAUCGCCUACGCCUCCCAGGACUGCAUCGAGCUCUACAACCUCUACGGCAUGACCCCGCCCUGCAACAGCGUUUCGAGCAUCGUGGAUUUCCUCCCCAGCUACGUGCAUGGGAAGAUAGAGCGCCACAAGCUCGCCAAGAAGAUCAAGGAGCUUAAGGAGCGGGUGAAAGACGUGGGCGAGAGGCGGGAGCGGUACGGCGUCACCGUCCCGUCCACGGAGCCCAAGAGGAGGUCGGACGAUGGUGCCGGCGACGACGUGGAGACGAUGAGCGAGGCAAGAGGAGAGUUCCUUGAAGCCUUACGGGAAGACGAGGAGGAGACGACGUCCUCUGAUGGGAGAAAGGACGAGGCGGCUGCAGGUCUCUCUUCGCCUUCAAUCUAUAUCUCCACUAUGAUGAGGAGAUGGAUACCUCGUCCACCAUUUGACCACGCCAUCCGCAAGCUUGCGCCUGAGCUUGCACCUCACGCUCGCAAGGUACUUGGAGCCCUCCUCAAGCACAAGGCUGGCGGCGCGAGGAAGAAGCACGAUGACCGACGGCGGCUCCAUGACGCCGUCGCCGUCUGCAUGGGGAUGGUCCUCCGUGCUCUUCACGCUUUUCCUCAAAGCCGUGUGGGCAACGAGGAAGAGCUGAACAAGCUCAUGGAGGCCUUGGACGGCAGCACCGCAGACCUUCCCAAGCGGGUGCUGACCUUCUGCUACAGCCAGCUGAACACGGAGGAGAAGAGCUGCCUGCAGUACCUGGCUGCCUUCCGACAAGAAACAAGCAUCAGCAGGACAAGCUUGGUCCGGCGCUGCGCAGCCGAACGCCUCGUGAGCGACGACAAGGAGCACCAGCUAACCGUGGAGAAGAGGGCCGAGAUCUGCUUCGAGGAGCUUCUCUUCCGGGGGUUCAUCUCCCCCGGUGCCUAUGGCGCCGCCGAGAAAGUCAAGAGCUGCCGGUUCGGGAGUGAAUCGGUCAAGGAAUUCAUCGUGGAGAUGUGCAAGGCGGAGAACUUUGUGGGCGGCGGCUUGCCAGUUCACCUUCGAAUCCAGAAUGAAAUUCGUACUGCGGCACUGGAACAACACCAGGGCAAGCAGCUGCAGCAGCAGCGCGGUGAUCAGCUGCCACGCAUAUGCAUGCCACUGGCGGCAGUCAACAAGCAGUGGCAAAAUGAUCCCAUCAACAAGAUGCUACGAGAGCUGGACUCACUCCCAAAAAGCUAUCGUCUCAACGUCAUGGAUCUGGGAGGCUGCAUCGGAAUAUUGAGGAGCCACCUGGCAAGCAUCUGCAAGAUACGGACGCUCAAGUACCUCAGCCUCCGGAAUACGGAUGUUCGUGGGCUGCCCAGCCAACUCCAGGAGCUCCGUCUGCUGGAGACGCUGGACAUUCGGCAAACCAAUAUACGACAUGGCUCCCGCUCCCAAGCACUUCUUCCACGCAGCCUCAAGCAUCUUCUAGCCGGCAACGUCGACUCUCAGGGUGACGCCCCCAACGCCACCGUGAGGAUCCCUGACAGUAUCAGGGAAAUGGUCGCCCUGGAGAUACUAGCCCAUGUCAAAGUUUGCUACCGUCGCGAGCUCAGAAAAGUCGAGAAUCUGACUAAGCUAAGGAAGCUUGGUCUUGUAUUCGUCCCGGCAAACGAAGACGGCAUGAUGAAAGAUUUGCUCCGGGCAGUCGGCAGGCUGAGCGGAUGCCUGCACUCCCUGUCGGUGAGGAUGGAAAGACCGCCCCUCAAUGGCUGGCUUACUCUUGACGGCGACAUGUCGUCACCUGUUCCUUCCAAUCUCGUGAGCCUAAGGAUAGACGGCUUGAGGACCUCUGGAUUGCCUACAUGGGCCGAAAGACUCUACAAACUUCAAAAGAUCACACUGUGCAAUACCACGCUGACUGAUCAGAAGCUGGGCGCCCUUAGCGAACUCCCAGCCUUGGUCUGCCUCAGGCUCCGUCACAAGUCAUACAAUGGAAGAGAGCUCGCCUUCAGGAAACCAGGUGGGUUCCCGUCCCUCAAGUUUCUCCGGAUUGAGAACGUCCUCGUCGUCACUGAGCUCACCUUCCAAGCCGACUCGGCGCCAAAGCUUGAGAUGAUCGUCUGGUCAUCGGACCACGCCACCGACGACGCCCUCGUCGCAGCCAUCACAGUUUCCGUGGCUGGAGUCGAGAACCUGCCCAAGCUGAGAGAGGUGGUGCUCAAAGGCCUGCGAGAGCAGCAUCCUUCCACCUUGACCAAGGACGUUGCAAAGCACCCCAAACACCCGCGCUUCAUCACUCAUGGCCACUAA